CUCGAGAGCUCCUGGGCAGCUGGUGGCUGUGAGCCAACCUGGGGUGUGUCGCUAUGGCUCUAGGUUGGAUUGCUGUUAUGGCUGGAAAAAGAACAACAAGGGCCACUGCGAAGCUAUCUGUGGACAUGGCUGCAAGUACGGCGAGUGCCUGGGACCAAACAAAUGCAAAUGUUUCCCUGGAUUUACUGGGAAAACCUGUAAUCAAGAUCUGAAUGAAUGUGGAGUGAAACCACGUCCCUGUGAACACAGAUGUAUGAAUACACAUGGCAGCUACAAGUGCUAUUGUCUCAACGGGUACAUGCUUAUGCCAGAUGGCACAUGUGCAAGUUCUAGGACGUGUGCCAUGGUGAAUUGCCAAUACGGAUGUGAAGAAGUCAAAGGGGAGGUACAGUGUCUUUGUCCAUCAGGUGGCCUUCAGUUAGGACCGAAUGGAAGGACGUGCAUUGACAUUGAUGAAUGCUCCACUGGCAAAGCUGUCUGCUCUUACAACCGUAGAUGUGUCAACACAUUUGGAAGCUACUACUGCAAGUGCCAGCUUGGUUAUGAACUGAAAUAUGUCAGCGGCCGUUACGACUGUGUAGAUGUAAAUGAAUGUGUGACAAAUACACACAGGUGUAACCUCCAUGCAGAGUGCCUCGACACCGAAGGCUCCUUCAAAUGCAAAUGUAAACACGGCUACCGAGGAAACGGAUUUGAUUGCGCUGGAAACUACAGAAUAGCAGGAAAAAGCAGGACUAACUUAAAGCCUACAACCUUCAGGCGUCACUCUAAGGAGCUCAACAACGGCACUCUUGUUAUUGCCUGGCUGGAGGCAGACGCUACUGUUCUUCAUUAUGGUUUGCUGGAUAUCUAA